AUGGUCGAUGAGAUCAUUGAUGCUAGAGGACUUUAUAUGUGUAACCUUUUGGUUGGAAUUCUUCACCAAGAAAUUGAUCUCACACCAUUUUUAAUUACCUUCACGGCACCUUAUAUGAUAAAAACUGGACAAGCUUUGAAAACAUUCUACCCAAACAUGAUCCAUGUAACCUGUGUAGCCUACGAGUUAAAUAGAGUAUUAGCAAAAGUCUGUGAAAAUUUUCUAGAAGUAAACAAGCUGCCAAAGUAUCAAAAUAUUGAGGACUUCUUCGAAUUUCAUCCUUGUCAACCAAAAUACAAUAUUCCCUUCAAUCCCCAAAAAGCUUAUUAUUCAGCAAAUAAUAAACGUAUAUGGUUAUCUUAUUCUACAGAAUUAAAAAAAAUAUUUUGCUCGAUUUGCAUUGUUUAUGGGAAAAAAGGAGAGCAAAAUACUUUUGUUGAAGGUUCUUCUGAUUGGCAACAUAUUUAUUUGAGAAUCGGAGAGCAUGAAAAUUCCGCUCACCAUAGAGAUUGUGUCAAUAGUCAUUUUAUGACAAAAGAAGGUAAAGAUAUUAAGAAAAUGAUUAUUUACGGUUGCACAGAUGUCAGAGGGCAACAAAUAGAAAGACGUAGAAAUAUUAUUGAAAGAAUUGUUGAUGUUGUAAAACUCAUUGGAAAAUGUGGUUUGGCAUAUAGAGGAAAAAGAAACGAGGCUGCAUACACAUUAAAUAAUCCAAACAUCGAUCAUGUUAAGAGAGAAAAGAUCAAAGACAAAGGCAGUAAACAAGGUGGUGGAUUAAUAACAUUUUUAUCCAAAAAUACUUUUAACAACAUCUUAGAAGUAUGUUCCGAUCUUAUAACUGAAACAAUUGUGUCAGAAAUAAAAAAAAUCAAGAAUGUAUUCUAUACAAAUAGACAUGACGCAGGAUGUCAGUUUAAAAAAUGUACAACAACAACUGGUCAAGCAUUUGCAGAUUUAGUGGUUCAAACAUUGCAAUCAAAAGGUAUUUCACUAAAUAAUUGUAUUGGGAAUUCAACCGAUGGGGCCAGUAAUAUGCAGGGACAAUACUUAGGAUUCGCUAAAAAGAUGGAAAAUUUAGCUCCUAAUCAAGUGCACGUAUGGUGUGUGGGACACAUUAUAAAUUUAGUAUUGCAAGAUGUCACUAGUAGCGAAAUUCAUGCUGCAAACUUAUUUGAACUACUCGAUAGCACAGCUAGUUUCAUUCGACGAUCACAUGUACGUAUGAAUCGUUGGAAUGAUAUAGUUACUAAAAUGAAACUCAAUUUAAUUGGAGAAACGAGAUGA